UCAAUAAUUAUAAUGAAAAGUUGCAUUCAAACAUCGCUUUUAUUCAUUCUAUCUCCUAAUGCUGAGUGUGCUUUAACUUUAAACUUUUGUGGCGCCUGUUGAGGAUUUGAUGCCACUCUGAAGCGAAACCGGAGGGAAAGUAGUAAUGGCGGCUUGAAUUAAAAACACUUUUUUUAAAUGACUUUUUUGUGUUUUUUUCUUUUUAAAGAUAGAAGACGAUUGCGGUGCUCAAUGUGGGAACUUUGUAAGGAGGAAGUAGCGAGAAGGAAAGAGAGGCAGCUAGCUGGCUGGCGAAAGACAGACAGCAUCAUGUUUGCUACUUACUCUCCACACAUUUGCAGCCAUUUGACAUGAAUAUUGUAUUUACCUCGAACAUCAAGCCGAGGAGGAACACCAUAGCAACGCAGGACACAAUAUCUGCAUGGUUCUGGAUCACAAACUCAUGGCUCAUCACCGGCGGGUUCUUGUUGCUCUUCUUGCGGAUCCCCAUGUUGGCGCAAUUCGGUGCUACUUCUGGGCGACUGUGAAUUGUUUAUUUUCGGGUCAAUUUCGUCUUCUAUCGUUUUUAGGUUCCCCUUCUGUUUCCGAGAAGCACCAGCAGGGCCAGGCGGCGAUUAAAUGGCGUGUCACUCCUGACUCCUGUGCUGGGUGGGAGGGUCCACGGAAGAGUGGAGCGCUGCAUUCGAGACAACAAGCUUCGCGGGGACACAGGAAACAGCUGGCCAUCUCUGGCGCUACCUGCAGGUUGGGGGUGUACUUGCAGGUUUUUUUUGUUUUUUUUUUUACUUUGGGAAAGAAAGCUGAAAUAAAGGGAGUUGAAACUACAGAAAAUAUUUGCAAUAUUUAAGGAAAAUCUCCCAAUAUAAAGCUCCAGUUAUUGCAAAAUACAAAUGGAAUGUUGUGUUUAAAAAUAUAAACUUGAAUGCAUACCUUUUAGCCAGGGCCGGCCCGUGGCAUAGGUCGUAUAGGCAAAUGCUAAGGGCGCCGUCCAUCAGGGGGCGCCACGCCAGUGCCACAAAUGUUGGAGAAAAAAAGAAAAAGAAAAAAAAAGUUGGUAUUAUUAUUUCUAAAUACAAAAAAUAAUCCCACGUUAAUUAAAAUGCAAAGUAAAGCCUAUUUAAUAGAAAUAUUAUUUGUUACAUUACGCACCGCCACUCCCCCCGCACGGUGCGCCCCCUCCCUUCCCGUAUCAUGACUCUUUUUGGACGUCACCACAUCAAAAAACUACACAAGAUGUCAAAACGGCCAAAACUGUCAGGUGCCCAGGGAAGAAAAAAGAGAAAAGAAGAGGAGGAGAAACGAGAAAAAGACAGGGGUAGCAGUGUCCUGCAAAACAGUGCAAAUUGUGAGACUGUGAGUCCACUUGGGUCACGGGAUUAUCAGUUGGAAGGCGUCACAGUUCUGAGCACUUCCCGCAGGUACUACCAACUGCUCAAAACUGGGUUCCAUGUGGUUUGGAUCAAGUGCCCCGAUGAGGAAGAGACAAAGGAAGUGCACCAUCGUCUGUUUUGUCAAGCCACCGACCUCAGCAUGCUCAAACUGUUUGAGGCUUUUUUGGAGAGUGUCCCCCAACUCCUAUUGCAGAUCUACAAAGCACUGCACCAUGGCGACGCCUCCAUCAUGCAGUAUUCCUGUAUGGUCUUGUCCUGUUUUAACAUCGCCUGGGCCAUGGUGGACUAUCGCCGCUGCCUGCGGAGGUCCCUCCACCAUGUCCAGGAGAUGCCUUCCGGACUCCCUACUGUGAUUUACCUGCUCUACAAGGUCUUCACCAUCAGCAGCCACGUCCUCAGCUACAGCCUCCUCCUGAAGCUCAGUCCCUAUAGCGCGAUCGCCUUGGCCAUUUUGUGGCUGCUGGGGACAAUAUGGUCACACCUGCUUCAAACCAACUUCUGCACAACCAGAGGUCAUGAGAUACUCUACCGAGCCGUGGUGGGAUUCAUACUCACGUUUACGUUCUUUAACGUGAAAGGUCAGGACACUAGACUAGCCAUGACAGUCUAUUACUUACUCUACUCUCUUAUCAACAUAGUGACGCCGAUACUUUUGGCUUUGUUGAUGCCUGAGGUGCAGACGGCCACGUUCUUUCUCGCCAUCACCGGGUUAAUUUUCGGGGGCUCCGUGCUGGGGCUUCUGUUUCUUGUGUUGUACUACCUCUACCUGCACCCCAAGAAGAAGAAUCAUGAGGCCGACGAAGUGGACGGAUUGGAAAAGGAAGCAGAGACUGGGAGGAUAAGACACUUUUUGCAGCCUUGAUGCACAUUUCAAUGCACACAGUCACUCAUGAAGAAGUGUCGUAAAUAUAUGACAUAAUAUACGCUGCUUUUAGUUAUCUCAUGUUCUGAGGUUUACAUCAUUAUGCAUGAUGCAACAUUUUGUGCAAUAUAUUGAAUUUAGUCAAUGUAAAUAGCCUUCUAUAGUAUUUCAUAUUUAAUAACGGUACACAUUGUUAUCCGUCUGCUAUGUGAUAAGGAGGAGACUAAUAGUGCUAAGAAAUUAGUUAAUUAUUAAUCUUGUUGUUAUGAUUGUAGUUACAGUAUCCUUGUCUAAAGGGAAAGUCAAACAUUUGGAUACACUUGAUAAUGUUAUUUAAAGAAAAUGUGUGCCCGAUUGUAGCUGAGAUAGGCUCCAGCGACCCCCCGCCACCCCAAAAGGGACAAGCGGUAGAAAAAUGGAUGGAUGGAUGGUGUGUCAAUGUUUGACUAGACCACAUAUUUGUUAUAAAUGUAAUUAUUACAAUCAACCCAAAACUAUUCCUUCCUUCACAUGUUCCCCUAGAGGGGGGGGGGGUUACCCACAUAUGCGGUCCUCUCCAAGGUUUCUCAUAGUCAUUCACAUUGACGUCCCACUGGGGUGAGUUUUCCUUGCCCGUAUGUGGGCUCUGUACCGAGGAUGUCGUUGUGGCUUGUACAGCCCUUUGAGACACUUGUGAUUUAGGGCUAUAUAAAUAAACAUUAAUUGAUUGAUUGAUGUAAACGGUGGGCCAAAAUGUACUAAUUAUAUGUUUUAUUACAAAUUAUAAUAUCAGUG